CCCUCCUUGGUGCGCGCACCCGACGCAUGCGUCUUUCCCAAUUUGCAAACCGCGUCUCGGUGCUAGGCAACGAGCGCGCCCCUCCAGGGCCCGAGCCCGAGUCCGCCGGCGCAGGGGCGCGCGGAACGAUGAGGAAACCAAGACUCAGAGAGAUGGAGCAACUUUCUGAUGGUCACACAGCUGAAAGCGGCAGCACCAGGACUGGAACUUGGUCCCCCUGAGCCCAGAGUCUUGUUCCUCCUGCUCUGCUUCAUGACCACCCCCUGUGGAACCUUCUGGCUUGAGCCACAUUCCCUCCUGUUGGUGAAAUUGGAUUGACAGUAAAUACGGGGGCAUCGGCCAGCCUGAGGUGGUUUCUGCUUAUGAAGCGGAGAGUGGAACAGUGUUGGCAGUGGCUUCAGGGCCUGGCACCUCCCCUUCCGCUCCUCCCCAGGGCGAUUCUGUGUCCUUUGUGAAGUAAAGUAGCCCAUCUUAUCUAGGUCACAGACUGCACUUCUGACCUCACAGUAGCUGCCCUUUCUGGGGACUCAGAGCUCCUCCCAGGGACCUCCUGCCUGCUGGUUGUUCUUUCUCUCCCUACUCGGCAGGAAGUGUGUGUGUGAGCUAAGGGCCUCAGCCCCCUUCACCGCCAGGACAUCAAGCUCCUCUCAAGCCUGGUGACCCCAGGACCUAUUGUCCCACCUCGUCCAACUGGAGAUCUUAGGACGAAAGUCUGUUGAACAUAAGGGCUGGUAUUUUGUCACAGCAAUGGAAAGCUGAGGAACACAGGUCCCCAGGAUGGAGACGGAAUAUCUGAAGAAAUGCUUUGGAAAUUCCCUGUCCAAGGCACUGGCAGAAGUGGCAAGUGUUCGGCCCAGUGAUCCAAUAGAGUACCUGGCUCGCUGGCUUUAUCAUUACAGGAAAAUAGCUAUAGCAGAUGAAAAGAAUAGGCAAGAACAGAUCCAGCUGAAGAAGGAAGUUGAUAAUAGCCUCCAGGAAAUGGAAAUGGCACAAAUGAUGAAAGAAGAGGAGCUUCAGAUUCAACAGAAGUAUGAAGAGUGUCACAAGGAAGUGAUUUCCCCGACUGUUUCCAAAAAGAAAGUCAUAUUCAUGCAGGAAGACCCAGAAAUCGUUGAGGAGGAGGCCUUGGAGGAGGAACCCCUGCCGGAUACUGACAGUAUGAGUCCGUCAGUGCCUCAGCAGAGUCCUCCUCCAGAGCUAGCUUACUAUUCUGACCUGAACUUGGACUCCCCAUAAGAAAUAAAUCACCAGGAGGCUUUUCCCCGAGAUGUUACUGAUUAAAAUGCCUCCUGGCUCCAAAUCUUCUUAAAUUAUCAGAAUGGGAAGAAUUUGAAUGACUUUCCCCCGACACUGCAAUCCAAGAAAAUAACCCUGCAAGGAGAGGUUGGAGGGACUCUGAAAGGAGAGAUCUGCAGGGCCUCUCAAGCCUGGACAGGCAGCUAGCCACGAAAACCCUCAUCAGGUGGAAAUCAAUUCAGAAUAAAGAUUUAAAAGUAAGGAAUGUAAUUGUUGAGUCUUUUUCCUCUUGUUUUAUCACUUACUUGGAGGCUGCCCAGUGAAAGCACGUCAUCUCCUACACACGUCUUAACGUUAGCUGCACUUUGCAGUCGGGUCUCCCAGAAUAUUUACAAUGCCCUGGAGUCUACUUGUUAUUAAUAACAGGUAUUUUCCUUCACUGUAUGUACCAAUUUUUCUCAUGUUUUUGAAUUUUUUAUUGUGAUAAAACACAUAACAUAAAAUUUACUGUGGUGACCCUUCCUGAGUGGACAGUUCAGUGGUAUCAAGUACAUUCAUAUUGUUAGGCAAGCAGCACCACCAGUCAGCACUGAGACUCUCUUCAUAAUGCAAACCUAAGACCCCUUGCCCAUUAAAUAAAAACGCCCAUCUCCCCAGCCCCCAGAAGCCACCAUUCCACAUUGUGUCUGUAUGAUUUUGACCAUUCUAAAUACUCUGAAGCAAGCCAGAGACCCCCACCCAGAAGACCCUUGCCAUAAUUCAGCUUCUCAUCAGAAAGACUUUUACAAAGAGUAUCAGCAGGCAAGAUGUCUGCAGAGGUCAUUGUGGCUUGAAGCUUCCUCUUUCCUAUAAAUGCCAGGUUUGCACACAAAAGGUACGAUAGAGUCUGCAAGCUUGUUGUGCAAAAAGAUGUUAUCUGUUUUCUUGGUUAAAAACUUGUGAAACCUGUGUCUGGUCUAGGGGAUGGAACAGAGAGUACUUGUCAUGUGAACCUCGAAGCCCCCUGCACCCCCUGCACUGGGUAUAAAGUUCAAAGAAUUUCCAAAAUCUCUGUCCAGAUAAUGUUUCUGGCACGAGUCACACUCAACCAGCUUGCUGCAAGCAAUA